GAGAAAGGUGGGAGUUUCGAGCCUCGAAUUAAAAGUUUUACGGUGGAAUUGUGGGGACACUAGAUUGUGUUUACUCUCUAAACCCUGAAAACUGUGGUCUGUGUAGCUGGAUCAGCGUGUUUCGUGCUGUACAACAGGGGCUCGUGGGGUGAAAGUGGAGUGCAGCAAGUUUCCACAGGGAUACGACGGUGCUGGAGCAGGAAAAACGGCAGGAAAAGCGGGCCGCCGUUUUCCCAUUCGUUUCGUGUGGUGUUGUAUGUGUGUAUGUGCACAGAGUGUGUCUCUUUGAUUCACGAAGUUUUGGAGUGUUGGAGUUUUGAAAACCCUAUUGUUUUGCGACCUUUCUUGACGCAUUUUUGUGAUCGGUUGCCAGCAAUCGAUAGUGCUCAUCAGCUGGAUCACCCUCUAUCAAAACGCGGUAAAGUGAGUUUAUGUAAAGUGUUGAGACCUCUUCGUCCCUGACCUCGUCGAACCGGACCACGGAAACUGGUCGAUCCUUGACGCACGAUAAACUGACACACGAAGGAAGGCCGCAGAAUCCCAAAAGCUACCGCAGUUAGUGAAGUAGAGCAAUCGUUGUGGCAAAAUGUUGCUAAAAGCGUAACUUGCCGUACGGCCGGUCGGGCUUACACGUAAAAAUUGCAACAAUUCCUUCGACUCCAUUCGUGUUGGGAAAGAUUCCAAAGCGGCAACAAGCAAGAGAAGUAGCGCAAACCACCUGCGGACGCAAGCCCCGCUGCGCAUACCUCUGCUCUCUCCUGGCUCGGCCGUACCAUGUCGGAAGGAUUUGGCACAGGCCAUCAGGAAGCAGCAGCAGCAGCAGCAGCAGCGGCAGCGGCGGCCGCAGCCGGACAGCUAGGCGAGGACACUAUUCUGGUGCACGGUGACGGGGAUACACACGGCGAUUAUCAGUGGGCGUACGGAACGAUAAUGGACUCAUCGCGCGUCUCGACCUGCCUCAUCUCCAUGCUGCUGAUCGUGUAUGGGAGCUUCCGCAGCCUGAACAUGGAGCAGGAGCAGCGCGAAAAGGAAAAGAAACGACAGAGUGAAAGUAUGAACAAUCUGCUGACCGGAGAGCCGGUGCAACCAGAGCAAAACAAAUUCGCUACGUUGGAUACGAUGCACGCCUUGUGUUUACCCCUUGGGGCAUCCAUCUCGCUUCUGGUUAUGUUUUUCUUCUUCGAUUCCAUGCAAAUGCUAUUUGCCGUCUGCACUGCUAUAAUUGCCACCGUUGCUUUGGCUUUUCUGCUGCUACCAAUGUGUCAGUACAUCAUUCGACCCUGCACGGACGGUAAUCGGAUAUCCUUUGGUGUGUGCGGUCGUUUUACGGCAGCCGAGCUGUUCAGCUUCUCGCUGGCAGUGUCCAUCGUAUGCAUUUGGGUGCUGACGGGGCACUGGUUGCUAAUGGAUGCGAUGGGAAUGGGCCUGUGCGUAGCGUUCAUUGCGUUCGUGCGCCUACCUAGUUUGAAGGUUUCUACGCUGCUGCUGACUGGCCUCCUCAUCUACGACGUCUUCUGGGUAUUUUUUUCGUCCUACAUAUUCAGCACGAACGUGAUGGUAAAAGUGGCGACGAGACCCGCAGACAACCCGGUUGGCAUUGUAGCCCGCAAGUUUAACCUGGGCGGCAUCGUGAAGGAACCACCCAAGCUAAAUUUACCCGGAAAACUGGUAUUUCCUAGCAUUCACAAUAGUGGCCACUUUUCAAUGCUCGGUUUAGGCGAUAUCGUGAUGCCCGGUUUGCUGCUUUGUUUCGUGCUGCGUUACGAUGCUUACAAAAAGUCACAGACCACCCAAACGGCUGAAACUGGCGUCCCACCACCCAGAGGCGUCGGGUCCAGGCUCACCUAUUUUCAUUGUUCCUUACUAGGUUACUUCCUUGGAUUGCUAACCGCGACUGUCAGCUCAGAAGUAUUCAAAGCAGCGCAACCGGCGUUGCUGUAUCUCGUACCGUUUACACUACUACCUCUCCUAACGAUGGCGUACUUCAAGGGUGAUCUACGGCGAAUGUGGAGUGAACCUUUCAUCAUACAGCAAGCAUCGAAGCAGCUAGAAGUAUAAGUUCCAAGUACACUUACACACGCAUAGACCACCUGGAAUAGAGGAUCGUGUAUCCUGACAAACAUGUCUGCAGAGCGGAGUAGUAAUAAAUGAACAAAACUUGCGAAGUAAGAAAGUGACAUUCACCUAGAAGGCAAGUUCAAUUAGGGUAAACAUUGAAAUUGUCGCAGUGAGCUUGACCAGUGAAGCAACGUUCAACAGAUUCGAAGAAAUGUUGGGCGGUUUAACGAGGGUUCCAGGACUCAUCCCAUCAGCCGAUCGAACAAAUUAGAACGCGUGCGGUAGGAGAUCAGGAGAAGCAGUUGAUGAUUAGGCACGGCACAGCUAGAUUAGAUUGGGAAUGGAUUUUUCAUUUGAAUGUGACUAGGCAUUAGAUGUGAUAAUUAACAUGUGCGUUUGUGUGCGUGUGGGUAUGCGUGUGAAAAAUGAGGCUCGUGGAAUCGUCGUAAAAAGCCCACGGAAGAAGUUAGGCACUUGAACUGUUGCUACUAUAAUCGCAUGCAAUUUAGGCUUACGAACCAUCUCAUUUUACAUAAAUCGUCGUAUUUUCCCCACGAAAGUAACAAACAGAACAUGAGAAAUGAGCAUCGGUUGAUUUGUAUAAUUUUUGGUUUUAGAUGUAUUCCACAUUUAUUUUCAUUUUUGCUAUACGUCAUGCACUCACUGAGAUUCCGUAAUUGGACACGAAUUGCGUAACAAUUUCAGUUAUUUAUGAUUUACAUAAGAGAGCUGAAGUUAGUUUACUGAAUGACUCAUGCGGAGAUAAAUUAGUGUGACUUUCUUUCUUUGGUGAGUGCACGAAAGAAGUCAUAUAAUUUUCACACUCAAACCCUUAGUUUGUCUUGAGUUGCUUUGCAUGAUAAAAAAUAUAUUCUUCGGAAUUAACAGAAAAGAUACAGCCCAAGCUGCUUAUCGUAAUGGAUUAUGGAACAGUAUCAGGUAUAACAGAGAGCAUAUUUGAAAAUUGUGAAAAGAAAAGCUAUAAAGGCCCAAACUCGAAUCAAUUAGAGGACAGCAAGGUUGAAACCGUUAACCGAAAUCAGGUCCGUUUGUAAGAAACAGAGAAUGUAGCAAGUAAUAGCUGGGUUUUUGCACGCCAAACAAUAAUUUGUUGAACUAAUGUGAAUGUUUGGAACGCGACACAUGUCUAAGGUAUAUUUUCUACAAAGUAUAAGCUUCGUUUCACACCCCCCAUACCACCAUAUGUUUCAUUAUCCAUUCAAUCAACCUAAUCGUGGAGCUAUUGCCGUGAUUUCAGGAAUGUAAUGGCUUGCUAUAUGUAUUGUUUCGAUUCCUGUUUGCCGCGGAAAGGAACUUCGAUAUGAAUAAUGUGAUAAUUUUUUUUUGUAUUUUAAUUUUAUGCCUCCGUCUUUCUCGAAUGUAUACUUUUAUGAGUUUAUUUUCUAUAAUCAAAAAUACUGUUAGUAAUAGUGAAAAGAA